AUGUCGGCAUUGCUUGAUAAAAAAGAACAAACAAUUAAUGCGAUCAUUAAUGAAAAGAACGCCAUUGAAGUAGAACGUAACUCUUUAGAGCAACAAGUUGACAAUCUGAAACAGCGAUGCCGUACUCUUCCACCUCUUGGAAUUGAAGUUCCCAGUGAGGGCGAAGAAAACGCAACCGAAUUGAUGAUCCGGCUAUGUGAGAAAGAUGAUCUCUUGCAGCAAUUUACUACCGAGAUAUCCGACAAGGCGCAAGAGAUUACAAAUUUGCAUGAUGUAAUCAAAGAUCUAAGAGAUACGAUCGGUGAAAAGAAUCGGAUAAUUGAUGAUUUGAAUAGGAUAACAAGCGAAAAGGAAUGGAAUCUCGGCGAGUAUCGACAAUGGCUUACUGACGCUAACAAUAAAAUAGGCAAUCUCGAAACGGAUCUAAACGAUAUCCGGCAGGAAGUGAAGUCAAAAAAAUUGGAACUGGACAGGCUGACCAGUGAAGUAGAUGAGAAAGAUGCGACAAUUUCGCAACUGCAUAAUAAAAUAGCGAAACUGGAAUCAGAAGCUAUUAAUGUCCAGUACGAGAAAGAAAUGAUACCAAAUGAGGAUACUUCCUUACAGCUAUCGGCAUUACGGACGAAACUUUCAAAUAUGGAGGAAUAUGUGCAAUUUCAAGAUGAAGAAUUACGACGAUUGAAAGAAGUAAAAUGA